AUGACGAGAGCAACAGAAGCUUAUACAGUAGGAGCCAUUGUCAUUGCCACAUAUAUUAUUCUUUAUUUGGGAAUCUUUCCCUUACCUGAAACUGUACAAGAAAAAAUUAUUCCUGUUCUUCCUUGGUGGGGACUUGUGACAUUUGGAAGUUAUUGUUUGGGAAAUAUCGGAUCUGCAAUGUAUACAUUCCGUGAUUGUCCUGAAGCCUAUCAUGAACUAAUGGGAGAAAUUACACAGGCAAAAUCAGAGCUGAGAGCAAAGGGAAUGCAAAUCUAA